AUGGAUACCGACUCGUCUUGUCUCAUUCAAUGCUCUGCAGCACUUGGCGCACUAAUGGUGGUUUUUUACGUAGCUCCUUACUUGCUUGAUCCGUACAACUACCGCCAUCGAUUCCCUGGACCACCUUUGGCUGGGUUCACAAAUUGGUGGAUGUACCGCGUUGUGCGGGCCGGUAACCAUAGUGAGAUUGUAAAGCAGCUACACGCGAAAUAUGGUACUUUUGUGCGACUUGGACCUAAUCAUAUCAGCAUUUCCGAUCCAGAUGCUCUAGAGACAGUGUAUGGGCAUGGCAGUGGGGUUCUGAAAUCCGACUUUUACCAUUCGUUCCGAAAUGGUCCCAACACGAAUACGUUUAAUACACAGGAUAAGGCUGAACACUCUAAGAAACGCAGACGCCUAGCCAAUGCCUUCAGUCCGCAGAAUGUCCUUGAUUUCCAACCCCGAGUGCGCAAUCUUAUUUGGCAGCUGUGUGUACAAUGGGACCUACGAUGCGAGGAAGCUGCUCGCGGAACCUCGGGUCCCAACUGGGUUGCAAACAAUGGGCGGGCAACAAUGAAUGUUUGCGCUCAGUUCUCCUAUCUUGCGUUCGACAUUAUUGGCGAUCUCGCGCUAGGAUCUCCAUUCGGGCUUAUUCAGGCUCAAACAGAUUCUUCACCAUCUAUCGAGUCUAUCGAUGCAUCUGGACAACCCGUGCGCGGGACAAUGCGAGUUCCAGUAAUUGAAACGAUAGCUGGCGCAGCAUUCACUGGCAUGACAUAUGGAGGGCGCGGUAUCGACCUGGUCGACAAACUCCUUGAAGCAAAGAAUGAUGACGGUAGUCCCUUGUCUGCUAAUGAGUUGUAUGCGGAGGCUGUAAUGCUGCUUGUUGCUGGAAGCGACACAACGAGCAACACACUGAGCUCCUUAUGCUACCACUUGGCGAUUCAUCCGGAGGUCCAGCGAGAAUUACAAGCUGAACUCGAUCUCCAUGUCCCAUAUGACUCAUCCGAAGAAACUAGUGGCAAGGCGCCGCCAAACGAUGCGGUAGUUUACUAUGAGAUGAUAAAGAACCUGCCUUACUUGGAUGCAUGUAUUAAAGAGGCAUUGCGGAUCCAUUCGACGGUCGGCACAGGCAUGCCUCGGACUGUUCCAUCCGGGAAGACGAUCACCGUUGCUGGCCAGACGUUCGAGGCAGGGAGCGUAAUUAGUGUUCCCUCAUACACGACCAAUCGAUCAAGCGUCUGGGGGAAUGACGCUAGUGAUUUUCGGCCUGGACGUUGGCUGGAAGACGGUGCUGGCACUCUGAACAAAUACUUCGUGCCAUUCUCAAUAGGACCAAGAGCCUGUAUCGGCCGGAACCUGGCGUAUAUGGAUCUGAUGUUGAUUGUGGCUACCCUAUUUCGUCGUUAUCAAGUUGAGGCACUUCCUACGACCAAGAUCGUUAUUCGUGAAGCAUUCGCACGACAAACGGCCAAAUGUGAAGUCAGUAUCCGUCGGAGGAGUGUUCCAUGA